AUGAUGAACGUCGUGGCCAUCGGGCUCGUGCUCUCGACGCUGGCCGCCGCGGGGGUCUGGUCGCCGGCGCCGGCGCCCCCGGCGGCCCAGCCGCACGGCGACCACGUCGUCCGGGAGGGGCGCCGCGUGGUCAUCGUCGAGUACGAGCGCGAGGUCCCGCUCUCGGGCGAGGACGGCGGCACCGUCAAGGUCAAGGAGACGCGCGUCCUGCCCCCGGACGCCCUCGACGGCGUCGAGGGCGAGGGCGUCGGCGGGGUCUUCGAUGGAGCGAAGGGCGUGGUCUCCCACGCGGCCGGCAGGGUGGCCGGCGCCGCGGAGGAGGGCAAGGAGCGGCUGAACGACGCCAAGGAGGGCGCCAAGGGCGGCGUCCUCGGCGCGAUCAAGCGGUGCAAGGACAGGCUCUGCGUCGCGGGCAGGAGCGUCGAGGAGGCAGCCAAGGACGCGGCGUCGCGCGCCGAGCGUGGCGCGGAGGACGCGGCGAGGGGCGCCGCGGAGACGGCGUCGGACGCCAAGGAAAGCGCCGAGAGCAAGGCGUUCGAGGUCACGCAGAAAGGGAAGGACGCCGUGAAGGGCGCAAAGGACAAGGCCUUCGACGCGGCGCAGCAAGGGAAGGAGACGCUCAAGGGCGCCAAGGACAAGGCGUCCGACGCGGCGCAGCAAGGGAAGGAGACCGCGAGGAGCGCCAAGGACAAGGUCACCGAGGCGGCCGGCAAGGCCAAGGAGAAGGCGUCCGACGACCAGCACGGCACCGCCGAAGCCGCCAAGAGCGCGAAAGAUCGGGUGUCCGAGGCGGCCAGGCACGCCAAGGACAGCGCCAAGGAGACCGUCCGGGGCGCCAAAGACAGGGUCUCCGACAUCGCCGAGCGAGCCGAGGAGUACGCGGAGGACGCCGCGGAGCGCGCGGCGGACACGGCCGCGGAGGCCGAGGCGGCCGUGAAGGCGAAGGCCGGCGAGGUGCGGAGCAACCUGACGGACAUCGCGCGGCGCGCCCGCGACGUGGCGUCCGACGCCGCCGCGUACGUGCUCGGCGGGCCCCGGGAGGCCGCGCGCACCGCGACGGCGGUGAUGCACCUCCUGGGCUUCGCCACCGCCUAUGGCACCUGCGUGUGGGUGACGUUCGUGUCCAGCUACGUGCUCGCGGCGGCGCUGCCGCGGCAGCAGCUAGGCAUGCUGCAGAGCAAGCUGUACCCGGUGUACUUCCGCGCCAUGGCGUACGGCGUCGGGCUGGCGCUCGCGGCGCACCUGCUGGGCCGCGAGCGGAACUCCGCCGCCGCGCGCGCGCAGAGCCUCAACCUCCUCGCCGCGCUGGCGCUAGUCCUCGCCAACAUGCUGCUCCUCGAGCCGAAGGCCACCAAGGUGAUGUUCGAGAGGAUGAAGGUGGAGAAGGAAGAAGGCCGGGGGCGCGACGUGGCGGACAUCGCCGACCCGCCGACGGUCACCGGGUCCACGGUGGCGACCAACGCCGACAGGGCGGCCCGCGCGGAGGCGGCAGCCGCGGCCGCGCCCGCGGCAGCGGCAGCGGCGCGUGCCUCCACCCCCGCCGACGGCGCGGCGGCGAAGGCGAAGGCGGCGGGCGGCGACCCGGAGAUGUCCAAGAGCCGGGUGGUGCGGCUGAGCAGGAUGCUGAAGCAGCUCAACGGCUACUCGUCCCUGUGCAACGUGCUGUCCCUCAUGUCCCUCACCUGGCACCUCGUGCACCUGGCGCGCCGCCUCCCGGCGGGCACCGCCUGCUAAGGCUCGGCUCAGCUUCCUCCUGAUGCUCCCGCUUCAUGGUGUCGUGUGUGGUGGUAUUCGGCGUCAGUCGAGUCAUCCUGUGGAUCCCACACGCGUGUUUGUUCAGUAGUUCUCUUAGGGUUGUGUUGAUGCGUGCUUACAUGCCGGUGUUAACUUGAACGGCAGUUGUAGUCCAGUGGUAAUGCAAGUGCCAGUUGUAUCUUGUGCUUAGGUGUAGCUCGUAGCACUAGAAGCAAGGGUGUAAGAUACAAAUCUUCUAAGUUUUCAGGUCAA